ACGAUUACGACGAUUGCGGUAAAACACUAUAUAAAUACGACGAAGCAACAAUACAGCACUGUUUAGGACACAUUUCCAGCUCUCUCUCCCUCUCUGUGUGUGUGUUGCACGGUGUGCAGGCUACCCAGAAGUGAACAAAGCGACCCGGAAGCGGUGGUCGUGUCGGAGGCUGGCAGAAAGAACAUCAACCUUUUAUAUUAUAGCUCUUCUGGAAAGAGAACAUCUGCAAUCACGACUCCCUCAGGAUGGCGGAACCCCGGUUCAACAACCCAUACUUCUGGCCUCCUCCUCCCUCCAUGCCCAGCCAGCUGGAUAACCUGGUGCUCAUCAACAAGAUCAAGGAGCAGCUGAUGGCCGAGAAGAUCCGCCCGCUCCACCUGCCCCCGACGUCCAGCUCCUCCCAGCAGCCCCUGAUGAUGCCCUCCUCGCCCUCCGACGGAGGGGGUGGUGGUGGUGGCGGUGGCGGCGGUGGUGGUGGUGGUGGCGGCGGCGGUGGCGGGAUCCAGCAUGGCAUGCAGGUGCCCAAGCUUCAGCCCCACCAAGUACAAGGCCACCACCCCUCCCAGCCCCAGUCCCAGGUGGGCUCCGGGCAGCCCGACAUCGCCCUGCACGCACGCCCCCCCUCCAGCUCUGGACCAGGUACGGUGGGGGCGUCGGCACAUUGGAUCUCUUACAACUUCUCAGACGCAAACAUGGACAACAUGUCAGCAGUGAAGGCCAAAGGAUUGUGGGAAGACUGGCACAUGAGGCAGAUUGGUCUGGCCCCCUCGUCGCGACCCGAGAACCACGGCACCUCGGAGGCCCUCACCCCCACCACGCCUACCUCCAGCGGCCAGAACCGCAUGGGCGGGGCCCCUGGCGUCAACAUCCUCUCCGGGCUGGCCAGCGGCCCCGGCAUGGACCACAUGAAGGCGGGGGGCCUGGCGGGGCUCCUGGGACCCCCGCCCAAGGCCCCCCGGGGCCGGAAGAAGAUCAAGGCGGAGAACCAGUCGGGCCCCCUGCUGGUGGUGCCGUACCCCAUCAUGGCGGACCAGGGCUGCGUCACCAUCGCCCCCAAAGAGGGCAAGACAUACAGGUGUAAGGUGUGCCCGCUCACCUUCUUCACCAAGUCGGAGAUGCAGAUCCACUCCAAGUCCCACACAGAGGCCAAGCCCCACAAGUGUCCCCACUGCUCCAAGUCCUUCGCCAACGCCUCGUACCUGGCCCAGCACCUGCGCAUCCACCUGGGCAUCAAGCCCUAUCACUGCUCCUACUGCGAGAACUCCUUCCGCCAGCUGUCGCACCUGCAGCAGCACACCAGAAUCCACACUGGUGACCGGCCGUACAAAUGUGCCCAUCCGGGAUGUGAAAAGGCCUUUACCCAGCUCUCGAACCUCCAGUCCCACCAGAGACAGCACAACAAAGACAAGCCGUACAAAUGUCCCAACUGUUACCGGGCCUACUCGGACUCCGCCUCACUCCAGAUCCACCUUUCAGCGCACGCCAUCAAGAACGCUAAGGCCUACUGCUGUAGCAUGUGUGGGCGCGCCUACACCUCAGAGACCUACCUAAUGAAGCACAUGUCCAAACACACGGUGGUGGAGCACCUGGUGAGCCACCAGUCUCCCCAGAGAACUGAGUCCCCCAACAUCCCCAUCCGCAUCUCCCUCAUCUAAGCCCCGCCCCCAGGACCCUGGGACCCAGCAGCAGACACGGUAUGAUGACGAUGACGAAGACGACGAUGAUGGUUCGUAGUCCAUAGGCCUGGAGAGAGAGUGGGGCCCUAUACCCUGCACACGUGGCCCUCAACAUUAGGUCUACCUAUGCUAUGAACACCCGACAUGAGUAUGGGAGGAGGGGGGAGGAGGGGGGAGCCUGUACUUGGACGACCUCAGACCUCCCCGCCACCCCUGUCUGUGACAUAGGUCAUCUGCUGAAGCGAUACUCGGCAGCACACGUUGCUUUGUUUUGUUAGUAUUCUUUUGAUUUUGUUCCCUUCCCCCGUUUGACGAAUGUAACGAUUGAGCUCCAUUAGUGCGACGAAACUAGUGGUUCGGACUAGUGCGACGAACUAGGGGAACGAAGCGGGCCGAGAAUGUCUGGCGUCAGAUUCAGUCCGCACCUUGGUAGGCGUAUGUUCGCUGCCGGAUGCAUCGGCCCCUUUCAGUUUUAAUGUCCUCGUUUGUUUUAUUUCUUUCAAUUCCAUGAAAUGGGUUUCGAAAAAAAACGUGCCAGAUGAAAUUAGCCCUUAUAAAGAAAUUGAGAAAUAUACUUUUUUUGAAUGAGUUUGUUGGGUGUACUCUGUUCACAUCCAAAGAUAAUCCUUAAGCACUUUUAGGCCUUGCGGUUACGGGCUCAUGUUGUCUUGGAGAAAGGAGAGCCAAAAUGGCAUCACUUGGGGCAGCUAGGAGUACGGAUCAUGUCUAGACCAACAGUCGUUCCCAUUACUGUUUAUUUGUUCUUUUUUAUAUCGCGCAUAUAUAUAUAUAUAUAUAUAUAUAUAUAUAUAUAUACACGUUUACAGGGUCAGAUCCACCUCCAUUAAAAGAAGGGCAAUCGGUAGGAGACAAUUCAAAAGACUCUGCUGUUAAAGUGGUGUAUUAUUUAAGGAUAGCUCCAGUAUUUUAAGUUGCCCAGACUGAUGAUCAGCCAAGUCUUUCUGUUGGGUCCAGCAGGGCAGGAUGCUUUAGCCAGCUGCCAAGACAAUAAUUUGGGUGGACUGCAGAGCUGAAGGAGCUCUUUUUGGCACAGAGGCGGAGUGUUUGAAGCAUGCUGCAAUGUUGGUUAUGCUGCAAGUUUUUUUUGGACAUAACUGAAAGAUAUGGUGAGGGAUGAAUGAAGCAUUCUUUUGAAUUGCUGGACCAAUUGAAACGACUCUAGUCUGUACGACUCUAAAUUAUUUCGAAAAAGUAUAGAAUCAAGGUUUAAAAAUACCGUGACGUAGGCGAAACAAAGUUUAAAAAUACUGUUUUCCACAUCUUCUAUUGCACCAUAUUUGAUGGUUUUAAUCUUUGCUGAAAUUCUUUGACGAUAAACAAUUCAAUUACUGUCCUUCCGUGCCAUACAGGUUUUUGAGCUCAUGUAUCAAUUAUUAACUCAGAAUAUGUUGUUCAUAAAUGCUACCGACAUCUGCUUCUAAUGUGUUCUGUUGAUGCAGUGUAGUUGUAUCAACUCCAUGUUAUUUUCAACUAAAAGUUUCAACUGUUACUCGAUUGAAAUAGGCCGCUCAUUAUUUGACCAAAAUGUGAAGCUGUUAUUGUAUAACUAUUCUGUCCCAAUAGAGUAUUUUUAUACUCCGUCUAUGAAAAAUAAUGCCAAGCUUUACCCAUUUGAACUGAACUGCAGUAUAAAGGCGUAUUCUUUGGGCCUUUUUUGACAAUGUGGGCACAAGGCUUCUCCCUCGAUAGUUUUUAUUUUUAAACUUUUAGUAUUCCUUCAUUGUAUACAGUAUUGUUUGUUGUAUUUUAAUGUAACUUUUAACCUCUGGUCACUCGGGACGGUACUAAUAGGCCGAUGUGCACGAUUCCAGUUUCGGAAAGUAUAAGUCCUGCCACAUCUUUAAAAAUACCCAAGAGGACCUUUACUUUCUUAACAGGAAGUUCCAUCUCUGCUUGUAAACGGGCACCCUGUAUUCAGCAGGGGACCAAUGAAAGGUGCUAUCAGUCGAAUAAAGUUGGAGAUGGAAUUGAGAAAUAUUGUAAGGUAAAUAUACAGUAUAAAGUAUGUUUUCAAAACAAAACGAAAAAAAAAAAACAGAAUAAAAACUCAAGCCCUGAGAAGGCCUGAGAGAACUCAUCUACGCCAACAACAGACCCUGCCUCUCUAACGUGAUCCUCUAUUUCAAGAUAAGGGGGAAUUGUACAUGUUGCUGUACUGUAAAACAUGUAACUCAUCUAUUGUAUCUAUUUUAUGUUUUCAUAAACCAUCCUACUUGGGUUUUUAUAAAAAAAAGUAUAUUUCUGUAUAAACUUACUGUAAUGAUUUUUAGUCUACCUGUAUCGUAUUAACAUUCAUGUUUUUACACCAGUUCUUUUCGUCUAAGCCUUAACUGUUUUAUCAUCCCGCGACCAAUCUAUUCCAUCUCUGUGUAUUGUGUUUUGCAGUAUUCAAUCGUGUAGACAUUUGUUUUGUUUAUUUUUUUAUCUCUUCCGCAUGGAGUAACCCAAGCUGUAAUCUGUAUAAUAACUGUUUAACCCAUGUUCUCUAUCAAAAUAUAUUGUGUAGAUUUAUGACUCCUCUUCCUGUCUUGCAUUGUGGUUUCAUAUACAGUUUCUAGACAACUAAAUAUGCACAGCCAGGACUGAGAAGCAAAACUACAAUUAUCAAUGUUUAAAAAAAAAAAAUGAAAGAAAAAAAAACCUUUGUAUCUUUACCUUGUUUAAUAAACAGACUGUUAUAAACUCAAAUUGAUUGCCAAUGUUUUUUUAAUUAAAAGACGGAUUACUGCCUAAGAACAAUAUUAAACAUGUGUGUGUGUGUUAAGGCCAAUUUCCACAAGAACCGUCACGAAAGCGGUUCAUGUUUGAUUUUGACAUGUUUGAUUUUGACACUUUCUGUGGUCUGUCCGUUUUUCUAAUUUGAGUGUUUAUGACUCGCAUUUCUAGGCAAAAGCCUCUGUAUUCUAUCCCAGUUCCUCUCUGACUCAGACUUGGACUUCCCUGGCGGUAGAGAAGAGUUUGAGAAAUAUCAGAAAAGCACUACUAUGUUUCAGUUCACUUUAUUUAUGAAAAUAGGUUUCUGCAAACAAAAAACUAAAACAACCAAAUAUUUACAAGUCAAAGCGGGUAACAUUUGUCCAUAAGGACACACGCACAAGAUGACAGUUGAGGCUGAGGCACAGUGACACAAUGAGAAGU